CAAUAAUUCUAAAGUACUUUACAGUAGAUCAUCAUAAUUUUCGGAACAAUUAAUACAUUCCCUGUAAAUAUACGCCCAUGUAGUAUCCACCAUUUGGGUUUUUUCUUUCGAAACUAAUGAUCUACAAUUACGCAUUAAUUUAAGAGGUGCACGAUCGUCAACAACCAGUUCGAAGCAGUCACACGACAGGAAAAAUGAUUUCCAAAAUUAUUCUACUUUCUUUGGCUCUCGCGUGGAUCGCCGAAUCCUCGUCUGCACCUUACGAAGAUUCGGAAUUCAAAAGUCCAGAUACAAACAUUAACGACAGAGGAGAAGGAUCCGUUGCAAAAACCGGUCCCGCCAUUCCGAACGGACUAUUCGACAAAAAGCCUGGCUACGACAGCGAAUAUGACAACCCGGUUUCUAGUAGGGGAGAAGGCUCCUAUGGUCAGGGCGGUUAUGGAGGCAGAGGUGGUAUGUAUUCAGAAGGAGAGGGCGGAUAUGGAAGACAGCCGAAUUAUCCUUCCCCUGGAGGCUAUGGUAGUAAUGUACCUUAUGGUAACGGUGGUGGCUAUGGAGUUGAACCUAGGGGACCUAUAGGAUUAAGACGAUUUGGAGGUGAAUCUAGAGGACCUCUAGGAUUGGGACUAUUUGGAGGUGAACGUAGGGGACCUCUGGGAUUGGGACGACUUGGAGGAUUGGGUAGGCUUGGCGGAUUGAGAAGACCCGAAGGACCAGAAGAAUAUGAAGGAAUGGGGAGAUUUGGUGGAAUGGGAAGACCUGAAGGACCAGGAGGAUAUGAAGGAAUGGGGCGACCUGGAGGAUUAGGAAGGCUUGGCGGUUUAAAUCCAAUUUCAGCUAUGGGUAAUAUAGCCAGUAGAAUGUUCUCAUCUGGGCAAAACCUCUUUGAGGGUGGUAUACGACGUCUGACAGAUGGAAUGAGCAGUAUACUUGGUGGUGGUGGUGGUGGUCGUUACAAGAAGUAGAGUACAACUACAAUGACUGAUUUAUUUAAUUUACUCUUUUUUACUACUUUGGAAAUGUAUUGAAUGUGAUAUAAGAAAUAUAACUAAUUGUGAA